AUGCGGUUGAGUCCACGUGAAGAAGACCAUUUGAUGUUACAUACAGCGGGUUUUUUGGCUCAAAAACGUUUGGCACGAGGUCUUCGUCUUAAUUAUACCGAAAGUGUCGCUUUAUUGGCUACCCAAGUACUGGAGUUUAUUCGAGAUGGUAAGACAGUUGCAGAAUUAAUGACCCUUGGUGCACAAAUGCUUGGCAGACGUCAAGUGAUGGAUGGUGUAGCUUCUAUUCUGGACAAUGUACAAGUAGAAGGCACAUUUCCAGACGGAACGAAACUUGUGACGAUUGACAACCCUAUUGCUAACUUGGAUGGUGACCUCUCUAUGGCCCUUUACGGGUCUUUCCUGCCUGUGCCCAAGCUAGAGGCUUUUGAACAGCUCUCUGCUACCACGUCAUCGGUAGAUCCAGGAGCUAUUAUUACUCAAGAUGAAGAUAUUGUGCUUAACUCGGGUCGAAAAGCUCGCGUACUGCAGAUUACCAACUUGUCCGAUCGACCAAUUCAGGUUGGAAGUCACUAUCAUCUUAUUGAGAUCAAUCCGUACUUGGAGAUGGACCGGAACCUUGCUUACGGCCACCGUCUAAACAUUGCUUCUGGAACUGCUGUGCGGUUUGAACCAGGAGACCAAAAGACAGUCUCGAUCAUUCCUAUUGCCGGGAACAAGGUCAUCUCUGGCGGCAAUAACCUUGCAACUGGAAUGGUUGACGAGUCACAGGUAGACGCUAUUGUUGCUAAAGCACUCGCCAAGGGCUUCCACCACAAGACGCUGGACCUUAAGGAGCUGCACAAUAGUGUGCUUCAACCGGAGUUUAAUAUCUGUACGAUGCCCAGGAGUGUGUACGCACAAACGUACGGUCCUACCACAGGUGAUGUUGUACGUCUCGGUGACACAGAACUGUACGUGACGGUGGAAAAGGAUAUGACAGUGUAUGGAGAUGAAUGCAAAUUCGGUGGUGGCAAGGUGCUGCGUGAAGGAAUGGGUCAAGCGUCUGGAAAGACGUCUGCUGAAGUGGUGGACACCAUCAUUACCAACGCGUUGAUUGUUGAUUAUACGGGUAUCUACAAGGCCGAUGUCGGUAUCAAGGAUGGGCUGAUUGCUGGCAUUGGCAAGGGAGGCAACCCGGAUGUGAUGGACGGUGUGUCGCCGAACCUUAUUGUCGGUGUGAACACGGAAGUGAUCGCGGGAGAAGGUUUGAUUCUAACCGCAGGAGGCUUUGACGCCCACGUGCAUUUCAUCUGUCCCCAGCUGUGCACCGAAGCGCUUGCAAGUGGCUUGACCACGCUGGUCGGUGGAGGCACUGGUCCAGCAACCGGAACAAAAGCUACGACAUGCACUCCUGGCCCGAACCACAUAAAGAUGAUGCUUCUGGCGACUGACACAAUACCAAUGAACAUCGGCCUGACAGGCAAGGGUAAUACUGCACUUCCCGGGGGUCUUCAAGAUACGAUCGAUGCUGGUGCUGUUGGUAUGAAACUUCAUGAAGACUGGGGGACUACCCCUGCCGCUAUCGAUAACUGUCUUCAUGUUGCGGAAAAGAACGACGUUCAAGUGACAAUCCACACAGACACGUUAAACGAAUCGUCCUGCGUGGAGCACACUAUCGAGGCGUUUAAGGGUCGGACAAUCCAUACUUACCACAGCGAAGGAGCUGGCGGAGGUCACGCUCCGGAUAUCGUGACCGUGUGUGGUGAGUUAAAUGUGCUUCCGUCGUCAACAAACCCGACUCGUCCGUACACUCGUAACACCAUCGAUGAGCACGUAGAUAUGCUCAUGGUGUGCCAUCACUUGGACACGAACAUUGCUGAAGAUGUAGCAUUUGCUGAGUCGCGUAUCCGUGGUGAGACCAUCGCUGCUGAGGACAUAUUGCAUGACAUGGGAGCAAUCAGUAUCAUCUCGUCGGACUCGCAAGCAAUGGGACGCAUCGGUGAAGUGGUCACUCGCACGUGGCAAACUGCUGACAAGAUGAAGAAGCAGUUUGGUCUUCUUCCUGAGGACGCGGCAUCUGGCCAUAAGCGUGAUAACUUCCGUGUCCGGCGCUACGUUGCCAAGUACACGAUAAAUCCCGCUGUUGCCCAUGGGAUGUCACAUCGUAUCGGAUCCGUCGAGGUGAACAAGCUAGCUGAUCUUUGCUUGUGGAAGCCAUGCUUCUUCGGCAGCAAACCUGAAAUUGUAAUCAAAGGUGGUGCUAUUGCUUGUGCUCAAAUGGGUGACCCGAAUGCCUCCAUUCCGACGCCCCAACCUGUGAAGAUGCGGCCAAUGUUUGGUGCUCUUGGUGAUGCCAUUGGCAUGGGCUCGAUUGCCUUUGUCAGCAAGAGCUGCAUGGACAAGAAAAUUGCGCAGUCGUAUGGAUUGAAGAAGCGCAUUGAACCGGUCCGUCACUGCCGAGGCAUUACAAAGAAGGACAUGAAGUUGAACGACGUAUUGCCAAAGAUUCAGGUCGACCCGGAGACAUACAAAGUGUAUGCGGAUGGUAAACUACUGACUUGUCGUCCAGCAUCAUCGUUGCCACUAGCGCAGCGAUAUUUCCUGUUUUAA